AUGCCUGGUAAUAUCGAGGAUUACGUCCAUCGUAUUGGUAGAACCGGUAGAGCCGGUUCUACCGGUACUGCGGUUUCCUUUUUCACCGAUAAUAACUCCAAGUUAGGUGGUGAUUUGUGUAAAAUCAUGAGAGAAGCUAACCAAACCAUUCCUCCUGAAUUAAUGAGAUUCGACAGAAGAAGUUUUGGUAGUCACAUAAGAUACGGUAGAGGUGGUGGCCGUGGUGGUUUCAGAGGUGGCCGUGGCCGCGGUGGCUUUAGAGGAGGCCGUGGUGGUUACCAAUCCGGAUCCAACACUGCUCCACUCGGUAACGCCCGUCGUUACUAA